AGCACACGCCAAAAAAAAAAAGAAAUUACUGUCUUCCCUUCCAUUACCUUUCCAAAGUGAUACUCUCUUCAUUUGCAGCGCCAAAUUUAUCGUCCUCCUGGUUGUGAAGCUGAUCCGUUUAGCCUCUUUACAUCAUUUCCCAAGGAACGCAGUAGAAAAAUGCCGGCUCAAGAGAUCGAGAUUAAUCACCAAGACUUAGUCCACGAUGCGGUUAUGGAUUACUUCGGCGAUCGCCUCGCCACAGCCUCGUCCGACCACACCAUUAACGUGAUUAGGGUUAAGAAGAACUCGAAAUCCGAGCAUGUCGCCACAUUGCGUGGUCACAUCGGACCCGUUUGGCAGCUGGAUUGGGCGCAUCCGAAAUUCGGGUCUUUGCUCGCUUCGUGUUCUUACGAUGGGAAAGUCAUAAUCUGGGAAGAAGCCACCAAGGACCAGUGGAUCCAAGCCCAUGUUUUUGAUGAUCACAAAUCGUCUGUUAACUCAAUUGCCUGGGCUCCUCAUGAGCUCGGUCUUUGCUUGGCCUGCGGUUCGUCUGAUGGGAAUAUCUCGGUUUUCAUCGCAAGGUCAGACGGCAGUGGUUGGGACACGUCCAGGAUUGAACGAGCUCACCCACUUGGAGUCACUUCCGUUUCAUGGGCUACGCCCAAACCCUCUGCUCUUUCUGAUGCCAAGGACACGGUUUGGAGGCUUUGCUCUGGUGGAUUUGAUAACAAUGUCAAGGUAUGGAAGCUUGACAAUGGGGUUUGGAAGAUGGAUUCCUUGAAAGCUCUUCAAAUGCAUAAUGGCUGGAUCAGGGAUGUUGCUUGGGCUCCCAACUUGGGGUCGCUUAAAUCGAUGAUUGCCAGUGCGUCGGAGGAUGGGAAAGUUGUUGUUUGGAGCUUGCCAAAAGGAGGGAGUGGCCAAUGGGAAGGCAAGGUUUUGGGCGAUUUCAAGACGAGUGUUUGGAAGGUCUCGUGGUCGCUGACCGGAGAUGUGUUAGCUGUGGCUGAUGGAAACAAGAAAGUAACUCUCUUGAAGGAAGCUGCAUCUGGUGAGUGGCAACAGGUUCAAGCAAUUGAGCAAUAGGAUUCUUGUUGCGGAAUAGUUUGCUCUCUGCAGAUUUUAUCUCAAUCUCGUCUUGGCAUAUAUUAGGAAUUGGUGUUCAGAGCGUUAAAAGCUGAAUACUUUUUCUUUGAUAUUAUUUCUUGAAUGUUUCUUACUUUUGCUCCAGUAUAAAAAAGAAACUGUGUUCGUUGGAAACAAAUAUGACCCGUGCUGUCAAUUUACUUGUAACUUCUUAAAAUCCAUGACAUCGUUUGAGAUUUUUUCUUUU